UUGCAACAUUUGUCUGCACUACUGCUGUGCUUUUCGAUGGUCGUUUCUUCUUUGACUUAUUGUACAAAGUUAUCUACUCGAUAUUUCCACGAUGAGGUCAAGGGCGAGAUGGCAGUCUGCGCAGCCGGGCGUUAUGGUGUAUAUGCCAGCACCUCGCGUCAGUGUUGAUGAGACAAGGGACUCGCUGUCGCGGCUGAGUGUCACGGGUGAUUUCGAUUCAAGCUCAGCUCUACAUUCUCAACAGUCGCAAGUCAGCGAUACCAUCUUACCCUCACUCGAGAUUGGGUCGGAUGUCCAAGUAAAAGAAGAGCCAGGCAGCUUUGAAUCCACAAGAUUCGCCUCGCCUGAGACCCUAGUGGAUACCGAUCGUGGCGAGAUCUUCGAGGACGCCGUACCAGUUGUGUACUCACCCGGAAGCUUUUUAUCCCAACUUAUAGCUGCGGCUGGAAGCGAUCUGCUCGAAUCUAGUACACCAGAUCCCGUAUCAUCUUCAAGUCGGAUCUCAGAAGUUUCUACUGAAGACUACGUCCAUGUCGGAUAUGAAUCUGACCGGACUGAUUUUCAGGAAGUUACCCCCUGUCCGUCUGUACGUAAGAUUGCACACAAACGUGCAACUGUUACUAGAAGGACAAGCCAGCAUUUUCAAAGACAGAAAUCACAGAGAAAAUACCAAGGUGUCGUCCGAUCACUAGACUUCGGUGCAAGAAACAAGAAACGACCUACAAAGUCUACCUCGAGAAGCGCAAACAUGCAAGCACUCGAAGACCUUCGAGUUCUCGAACGAGCGCCCUCGCAUAGUUGGGAUCAGGAUGAAAGAGAGUUACUUUGUAUUCUGAACCGCUGGUAUUGCGCGCCAGAUCGUACGACAGAACUGGAAAUGUUCGCAAAACUUUUCAAUUCUAUCACGGGCCUUGGGCUUCGACCACACAUUAUACGCAACCAGUACGAAUGUCAUCUCCUCUUGUACGGAGGACUUUGCUUCCGGGAGUACGGUCGCGUAUAUGGAGUACCGUUUGACGACCCCGAGGGUCGUUACACAGAGAUACGCAACGUUCUUGAAGAAGAGAUCAAAUCAUCCGGACUCGAUCUACGCAGGCGGAAGACCGAAGAAUUUGUUGCUUCUGGUAAAGCUAAGUACGCAAAGUCUCCUGUGACUAGGAGAAUCUACAAGUCCCUAGUUAAGAAAGCGAGACAAGAGGAAAAGGUAGGAGCACACCAAACGUCCGGCAGGGGCCAUGCUUCGACCGAUUCUCAGUCCUUUGCGACGAUAGGCAGGGCUAUUCGAGCGCCUACGGAUGAAGAGUGGGAAAUUAUCUCGCAUGCGUCAACCAGCCCAGAACCCAUUACUGAAUACGUCCAGGAAAUCACGACGCCAACACCGGUAUCAGUGACUGCGAGACCGCAUCUGGCAUUUCGAGUCUGGGACGCUGCAAAUAGGACAAAGUUCAUUAACGGAAGAUUCGUCGCACAAUGCUUUGUAAAUUGGCCAAGUCCAUUGCCGGCACCUAUCGCCUUGGACGAUUCCUCAGAGGCUGGCAAAAUCUUGACCUUGCUACAUUUGAGCAAACAAGGCGCCACUCCAGUUUAUAUCUCAACUGCUAGCUCGCUCCUGCAGGCACUAUCGUAUGCGACAAGCAUGCAGCACCCGCGUAUUGCCCUUAUUGACCUCGACGCUGCCAGCCUCCAGGAAGAUCACAAGUUGCAUCACGCAGCUGAUAUAUUUCGUUGGCUUAAGUCCCAUGGACUUGCGCAAUGGGCCCGCUACAAGGGCUAUGGCGAGUACUUUGCGUGGAGCGACAUAGCACAUGACGCUGUACUGCAGACUUUCGAGCUUGACCAGCUGAUCGAUAAUCUCAACGCAGAUGAAGGUUGUCGUGAGCUGUUCAACUUCGACGUGUUUGAGCCAGGAGCAAAGACGAGCACAAUUGCGGCAUCGCUCCGUGAAAGAAAUCUAACACUGAACACGACAACAGCACGGGCCUUGGGUAGAAUUGCUAAACUAUUCGGCAUGGCAAAGGACAACAUGAAUCUUCAUCAUCUUGAGGAUUUUAUCGCACGCCUCUUAGACGGGUGGACGAUAGAGCGACCCGCUGCAAUUGAUAUGCACACAAUGAGUUCGCUCGCGGCUGUCUUUGCAACAACCCUAGGUACCCAUGCUGGCGGCUACACUCUCCAAGAUGUCAUGGGAGGGUUCAUUGGAGGCGUGGAUCAGGGUGCACGUUGCAUAGCCCACUGGAGUCACAGCCGCAGCGGAGGCCGAAGAAAGCGCUUUCGCGAGGCGUAGGUAGCUUCGUUACGGUGCUCCACCCUCAGGCUUCUUCAAGAAAAAAAUCGGCGCAUGAAGAAGGAGAGAUUUAGAGAGCGAGAUGAUGUGUAGCGUGGGCGGGCAGAGAAUGACAGGGCCAGAUUGUUGUGGGACGUCUUUAAUCUACAAUGUUUCCUAUACAGUCUACUCCAACAAUCACCACCUCGUUAGAGCUCUUCCAACUACACG